UUCAACUUGGCGCAGGCUCCAUUCAAGCGGCCUCCUCACUCCAACGUCGUAUUCCACCAAACUGUUAACCGUCAGAUCAGUCAGUCAGGCAUUCUUACCUUUCGUGUAUAUUCUUUUAUUUUCUUUACAAGGUUGCUUGACAUUGUAUCUUCUUAGAAUGGUUGGAACAUAUUAGAAUUGGAACUGAAAUUAUAAUUUUUUUGGGUGGGUAGUCGGUGGACGGUUUAGUAGGGGACGUGGACGAGGAAGGGGAUAUGGAGGAGGUGGCUUUUCUGGGUAUUUUAAGCCUGAGCCAGUUGUGCUUUUCCCUCUAAGUAUCCUCAACUUGUUGUUUUCUGGGCAUGGGCUUAGAGCUCUCUGUAAACUAUACAUAAUGAAUGAAGAUGAACUUUGGGCGAUUCGCAGGAUGUUGAAUUACCUGAUGUAAAAGGUGUGCCAGAAGAGAAGACCUUAGUCAUUUGGAAUUCAAGGUUGCAAAACUAUUGGAAAGCCUCUCCUACUAUCUUGAAGAAAAUGCUUCCAAGAAAAGCCAGAGCAUGGACAUAGAAAGAUAUUCUAACUGGUGGAAGCUGAAGAGCACCUCAAAACACGAUAGUCUUAACCAGAUUCUAGAACUCCAAUCUCAUAAUUUUCCUAAAGAACUGAUUGGAGGUUCACAAUUGAAACAACUUAUGCAAAUAUUGACUUGGUAUUCAAGACAAUAUGUGCAAUACUUUAGCUUUUACCUUUCGCUUUCUUUGCUGGUUCAGUCUAAUUGAAUAGUGAAUCUCAGAUUUAAGGAGAGGUCAGCGAAGCUCCAAAAAGAUGCAAUGGAAUCAAGACUCAGGCUUGGAGAAAUUAGAUAUGUUCGAGAAAUUUGAAAAGGGUUUUGAGGAUCAAGACAAAGAAGGAAAGGAAAAGAAAGGUGAUGGAGAAGAAGACAAUAGAGAGGAAGAACCAGGAGAACUGUCUGAUGAAUCAUACAGUGAUGAUGGAGAUUAUAAUGAGAAUGAACAUUUUGAUGAUGAUGAAGAUGAUUAUAACCAAGAAGAUGGCAAUGAUGAUGAACCUAUAUAG